GUAAAUAUUCGGAAAAAAAAAGGCUUAAACGACAUCGUUUCCUCCCUAUCCACUCAAGAGAGAUAUCAGUAAGAGACUCGAAGUUAAGACUGUUAUCCUUUUUCCGGAGAAAUGGCCGCUGUUAAUGCCAGUCUUCUCUCAAAGCUUCCUACGGCGGCCAUUGGAAGAACACCCGAAACCUACUCACCAUCUCCGAAUGUAACAUUCAGACCCAGAACUCUGCUGAGUUCAUGGCUAGGCACCAAAAGUUUCUCGCUUCAGUCCUCCAGUCUCCGGCCCCGCCCGCUAAAGGUCCGACUCGCCGCCGCCACAGUUUCACUAAGCCUCCCAACAGCAAAACCAGAGACGGUUUCUUCUCCUGAGAGCAUUCCCAAAUGGUCUUCGAGGGCUAUAAAGUCAUUUGGUAUGUCUGAAUUGGAAGCUAGGAAGCUAAAGUUUUCAACUACAGGGACUGAAGCCCUUCUCAUGGGGAUCCUUGUUGAGGGUACUAGUCUGGCUGCUAAAUUUUUGAGAGCAAGUGGAAUAACACUUACUAAAGUUCGGGAAGAAGCUAUCAAGUUAGUUGGGAAGGCAGACAUGUUCUAUUUCAGUCCUGAGCAUCCUCCUUUGACUGAAGAAGCUCAAAGAGUACUUGAUUGGGCUAUUGACCAAAAAAUUAAAUCUGGCGAUGGUGGAGAAACUACGACGUCUUAUUUGCUUCUUGGCAUUUGGUUAGAAGCCAAUUCCCCUGGUCACAAAAUAUUGGCUACUCUUGGCUUCAACGAUGAGAAAGUGAAACAGCUGGAGACUUUGUUAUCUGAACCUGGAGUUGAUGACGAUUAGCUUUUAUUUAAUUUUUUAGUGACCUAUGACAGUUUCUUGGUUUGCCUCAAUGAGGUUUAAAAAUCACUUUCUUGUAACAAAAUAAUGGCUAUAGUUAUGGCAACUUUUUUAGCAAUUUGUUAAGAGUUUCAAGCUUCUGAAUAUUGUACGGCUCAGCUGAAGGACAAGCAUUGAAAAAAACAAAAUAAUAUUGAAAAUUUAAUUUAAUUUACAAAUUUUAGUUUCUGCAUCAAA